UACACCAUCUCCUUCUUUACAAAUACCCUCUACUUUCUUUCCCCAUCGGCUUCAUUUCUCCGCCUCCAACCCUCACAUAAACAUGAGUUGCAACGGAUGCAGAGUCCUUCGUAAAGGAUGCAGUGAAACCUGUAUUCUCCGUCCCUGUUUACAGUGGAUCGAUUCUCCAGAAGCCCAAGCUCACGCAACCGUUUUCCUCGCUAAGUUCUUCGGCCGAGCCGGCCUCAUGUCCUUCAUCUCUUCCGUACCACAAAAUCAACGUCCAUCUCUAUUUCAAUCGCUACUGUUUGAAGCUGCCGGUCGGACUGUAAAUCCGGUGAACGGUGCCGUCGGACUGCUAUGGACCGGGAACUGGCACGUGUGUCAGGCGUCAGUGGAUACAGUUCUUCGAGGCGGCACGUUACGGCCGAUCCCGGAGCUUGUGGAAGCACUUCCGAUGACGUCAAAGUUCGGUGAUUCGUCGGAAAUUGACGUGCUCAAGGUUCAGGAUCCGGUCACAUAUCCGCGAUCGAAGGUGUUGAAGCGCCGGAGAGACUGUGAGCCACCGGUAAUCGCAGUGCAACCUCAGGAUCUGUUGAAUCGGAGUUUGUUGAAGGAGAAGCGUCGGAGUGGAAGUCCGUCGAUGAAUUCUGAUGAGUCAUCUGUGACUAGUUGUACACAAGAAGGAAGAGAAGUGCAUCUGUUGAAUUUGUUUAAAUGAUAUUAUCAAUUUUGAAGCUGGAUUUUAAGAUUCCGGCGACUUUUAUAGAUCACCGGCUCAGGAUUUCCCUCCAUCUUCGUAGGUUUUUGUAAGAAGGGGAAAAUGAAAGUUUACCGGUGAUUUGUUUUUCACUUUCCGUUCAUGUCUUUGUGGCCGGAAAAUAAGUUAAUUAUUGUGGGUUAUAUUUUCUUAACUUAGAAUUAGUUUUAAUUAUUAGUUUUAAUCAAGUGGCUACUCCUUUUACAUAAUUAAA